UUCCCAGGGAAUGAUGCGGGGAAUGCUAUUUAAAAUCCAGACUAAGGUGCAAAAUCAUAGGGGUAGUAGCAGGUCUCUGUGCUCAAACAAAGCGCAGAGACCUGCAGCAAUGCAGAUAAAGCAGAAGAAGGCAGAAGUGUGGAAAAAUGGCAGAUUGCAGCUUUACUAUGCACUGUACCCACUGGCUUCUGCUAAGUAUGUUGCUCCUAAGAUGUACCCUGACUAAAUGUUGGACCACAAAGAUAUUUUGAGCCUAUUAUUGCUAUGAAUAAAAUACUUUUGCAUUAAUUUCCAGAAUGAAACAUCAGCUCCAAAACAUGACAGGCAGACAAAGAAUGCGAAGACUGAAACAAAAAAUAUGUAUCAGGCAGAGCAAACCGCAUUACCCAACGAAAGGAAAGAGUUCAUGAAAGAAAGAAGCCCAGUUGUACAUGACCCUAUACAGGAGGAGGAAAUUGCUAUUAUUUUGGACAAUCAGGAAAAUGUUUUAGAAGCUCCACAAUUUGCAGGCAAGGAAGUGGUAUUUUUGGAACCACCAAAUACAUCAUCUACACAACAGAAGUCAAAUGCCAAUGUAAAACAAUCAGCCGUGAACAGUAAGCACCAAAAUGAGUUAAAUAGCCACCAAGAGAACUCAGAAGAGAAACAAAACACUUUUGUCAAAGAAACUACUCAAGUGGCUAUUGAACAUGUUCAGCAGACUCCUAAUGUAGAUGUUAAUAGCUUAUACUCUGGAAAAGCACUUCCUAAACCAAUGAAUAAGCUUCUCAUUCAUGUUCCUCCUUCCCAAAAACAGGGAGUACGAUUGAGAGAACUUCUAAAAUCAGUAGAUGACAAUAUUCCAAAUACAUGCAGUCAGCCACAAGACAAAGAAAGUCUUAAUCUGGUUAUGAUUGACACAUCCAACCAUUCUCCAUUACCAAGGCUUAGGCAACCUGCUUUCAGAGAUGCCUUUACAAGAAGAAUUUCAUGGAUGUCUGCCACCCACCAUGCAAAAUCUGGAUCUCCACCUUUUGUUAUUAAUGGAUCAAGGCCACCAGUUUUUCCGAUGUCCCGGCAACAGACUCUUAUGGUAAGAAGCCUAAGACAAUCAAGAGAGAAGUCACAGAUUCCCUUGGAUAAUAGCAAAGUUAAAAGAAAUGCAAUUCAACUGAAACAAACUAAUAAACCUACAGAUCUUAAUCUUCCUCUGUUAUUGCCCUCAUACCAGAAAAAGUCAGACAAAAAAAAUGAAAUUUUAAGACUAGAAUUCACUUAAUUUUUUUUACUGAGGACCUGAGCUGUAUGACUUUGUAAACUAAGCACCGAUGGGUCAGCAUUAGGAUUUGUACCAUUUAUAUUUUGGUUCCAUUCAUCAUGUAACCUGAGAGAAUAGUAUGAGUACAGUUUGAGUAGCACAAUGGCUGCUGGCACAGUUUCUUAUAAAUGCCAGUGCAGUUUAUGUGACUGAUGACAGCACAGUGCCUUAUGGUAUUUAUCAUCUUUCUGCUCUUGCCAGGGGUGAAAAACAAUCACCAUUUCAAGUGACAUAGUA